AUGUCCAACAAGGAACUCGACCCCUACACCGCUAAGGCGCAGAACAACAACGCAACGCCUCAAGAGAAGAUCGAAGGCCUCCAUACCAUCUUGAAGAGCGUCAAGACGGGCAUGCUCACGUCGCGGACCGCCAGUGGACAGCUGCACUCCCGCGCCAUGGCGCCGGCAGGUCCGUUCUCACCGACACAGGCAACGCUGGUGUUCCUCGCCAACCACGCGUCGGCCAAGUUCGACGAGAUUGAAAACGACGCACAUGUGAACGUCUCAUUCUACGAUGAGAAGUCGACGAACUGGGCGUCGUACAGCGGCGUUGCGAAAAUCAGCCAGGAUCGUGAGAAGAUUGCGAAGCACUGGAGUAGCGCUACGGGGGCAUGGUUUGGCAACCUCAAAGACGGCGUUCAUAAGGGCGAUCAGAACGAUCCGCGCGUAGCAGUCAUCGAAGUCAUCCCUCAGGAGAUCCGGUACUGGAUUGCGACGCAGGGCGUCGUCGGGCGUACGGUCGACGUUGCCGUGAGCGCUGUGUCUGGCAAAACCGCCGCGCCGGGAGAGCUGAGGACCAUAACGAAGCACGAGAUUGAGCUCUUGCAAGGUCUUCAAUCAAAUUAG